AUGCGAAAGAUUGAAGGAGAUCUGUAUCGAAAGACCCCGAGAAGUGACCAACAGCAAGAACCCCCUGCACCAGGCAAUCCAGGAGCGCCGUUGUUGAAUCAUAUGACAGCUCGAAGAGAACUGAGAUCGUCCAGCCCAGAGCGCCAGAGAUCAUCACACUUUUCGCCGUCUGAAGAACCACCGAGGUUCUUAUACCCUGAUGUUCAGGCAUACAACCCAACGGUUUCAUCCACGACAGCCGCCUAUAGUUCACCAUCACCUCACUGGUCCAGCCAUGGCCAGUAUGCUGUUGCAGCUACCAGCCUCGGUUCUCGCCAUCCUGACUACUCUGCAUACCAGGGAGCAUGGCCAGCGAUGCCGUCCACUUCUGUUAGUUCAUCGCACAACACGUCCGUUGCUCCGAGGAGGAAUUCGCACGAAGCUUGGAGCCCAUACUGGAAUCCGUACAUCUCUCCGCUGAGUCACGAUGAAUCGCCAUCUUCUGCAAACAUUGUGCUGUUGUGUCAGAUAUCUGAUGAGUCCUCCGUUGAUAGUUUAAGUAGUUCCCCAACAUCAACGAACUCGACCACUUCACAUUCCAGCGCAAGAUCACCUAGUCGCGGAGGUAGGAGCAUAUCUGGCGUCCCCGCAGGAUUCGAACAGAUCCUCCACCCUCUACCGCCUGCUCCAGCUUCAUUUGCUACUUCCCCAUCGCCAAAGGCUAAGACGCCUAUGUCCCGGUUCCGACUGCAUAUUCGGCAACAACCCAUUGCAGCGCGAGCUUGUGGUGCCGGUGACAAGGAUAGACGCUCUAUCGACCCUCCUCCGAUUGUGCAAAUGUUGCUGGCCGAUUUUGACCCUUCCUCAGAGAGCGAUAUGGAGUUACUGAGAGACCCACGAUUUACCGUGGGGUGUCUGUUGUAUUCGGUGACUCCGUCAUCAUCUCACGGUGGUGCCCACGGUGAAGAGUGGGAAGAGCGGAUACACCGAUCACAAAUUGUCGAACCAUUCAGGUUAAAUGAGGCUGCGGGCAUGGGAGGAAAUCCUAGUGGUCAACCACAAGGCCGAUCCGUGCAAGUGCUCUCAGGCAAGCUUUUCGUUUCUCCUUUCUUCGUCGAGGAGGAUCCCGAUCCGGAAACUGCUCCAAUGUAUCCAACAUCCACUGGAGGACAGAAAAUUGGUAGUUCGACGCAGCCUUUGCCUGCGGCGUUCUUUAUUUUCACGGAUUUGUCCGUCCGUACCGCAGGUCUCUACCGGCUCAAGUUCCGGCUCAUGAAUUGGGGAUUUAUUGAAGAGACAGGCGAGUCCAUGCCUAUUUUGACUGAAGUCUGGUCAGAUACAUUCCGCGUGCAUCCUGCAAAGGACUUUCCAGGUAUGCGUGAAUCGUCACGGAUAACAGAGCAAUUAAAGGCUCUGGGAGUCGGAGAUCUGAAAACCAGAAGCAAAGGUAAGGGAAAGGGACAAGGCAGAUAGGGAGAUCCGAGGAUCAAAAGAAAAAAAGAUCCUGUAUUUCUCAUAUUCUGGUUUCCUAUUCCAUGCUGUUCAAGAUGAUACGGCAUAUGGGCUUCCAGGCACAGAUUUUCUCUGGAGAAUUUCUGCAUUCUAUUGAACACAUACUGUAGCUUUCGACCCUCUUUCAUCCUGGAUGGGAGUUGCGAAACUUCUGCGCAGAUAUAGGGAUAACUGAUACAGGUAUCGUGUUGCGCUUGUAAGGUCGCUUCUCACUAGCUCAUAGUGUGGAAUGGUAUCAUUUCUUUCCCGAAGAUAAACCAUUCUUUUGCUUUUUCUUCUAAGUGUGAGAAUAUAUCGUACAGGGUAUCAAAAACGCAAAU